UAUAAAUAAUAAAUUAUGGACAAUAUGAGUCUUAAAGAGAUUCAAAGCAAGCUGUUACUAUGGGAGGCCCCGGAGAAUCCUCUAGCGCCGCUAACUUCAGAGCAGAGGGAAGCAAUAUUUGAUUUGGAGUCCCUAAUUCUUGGUGUUUCUACAGACCCUGAAGAAACCAAAUCCCCACCAGAUGAAGAGAGAUCUCCGACAUCAAUACCACCAGUUGAUUCAACAUAUGACUUCCUGGAGUGGUACGAGAAACUAUGUGAGAGCAGUAUCAAAGCUAACGAUGGUCCGUAUGAGGCUUAUUAUAAACAAUUGGAAGAAAGAAGGAAUGAAUGUGUCGCUUUGACUAAUCAGAUAACAGAGACAAUGUCAGAUCUCAAUAAGUUGACUGAGGAGUAUCAACUGGUGUCCAACAAGACAAAUGCUCUGCACAAUAUGAGUGAGCAGUUAUUGGCUGACCAAAACAAACUUUCUAGCAUAGGUGAUGAAAUAAAGCACAAACUGCACUAUUUUACACAAGUCGAGCAUCUGUCCCAGAGACUGCACAGCCCCACAAUGUCUGUCAAUAGCGAGGCUUUCUUCAUUGUGCUCGCCAAGAUUGACGAGUGUCUCGAGUACAUGAGGGACAAUAGUCACUUCAAAGAAUCACACACGUACCUCGUUAAAUAUCGGCACCUGCAAAAUCGUGCGAUCUCUCUCAUCCGUUCAUAUGUUACUCACGUGUUGAAUCACGCCACGGAACAAGUGCUUGCGCCAAAGGAUGAAGAUCCGAACGAUCAAGAGACUAUAGAUACGGCGUAUGCUGUUUACUUCGGAAAGUUUCAAGCCGCUGCGCCCAAGUUGAAAAUGGUUAUUAGUGAAAUUGAAAGACGUGCUGCCGUUAAUGCUGACUACGCAUCUCUUUUGUCGGACAUCCAGCGAGAGUACGCACAGAGGCGGGCUCGCGUUGCGGGCGCGCCCACGGCUACGGCCUUGGCCACCGCCGCGGCCAAACAUCUGCGUGAUCACUGUACGUUGGUGCGAACGUCGUGUUCGCUGCUCGCGCACGCUUGUCGCGACGAGUGCGCCUUGUACGCGCAUUUCUUCACCAGCUCUUCUCAGGCGUUAGAGGACUACCUCCAAUCUCUUUGCAACGGUCUAUACGAGUCGUUGCGUCCACACAUCAUCCACAUAAACCACCUAGAGACCUUGGCCGAGCUAUGCAUUAUCCUUCGAGUUGAAGUCAUUGAGGAACAGGUCCAGAAUGAUCCUACAACCCUCCACGCAUUGGGGGUAGCAGCCCGUGCUCUUCUUCAAGACGCGCAAGAGAGAUUGGUGUUCCGGGCUCACGUACAUCUCAGGGCCGACGUAUUAAUGUACCGACCAGCGCCCGGUGACCUCGCCUACCCUGACAAACUUGAGAUGAUGGAGCAAAUCGCUCUAUCCAUUCAAGAGCAAUCUAUGAAACGCAGCGACUCGCGCAAUUCAAUGGUGUCCGACGUAUCAGCAACAUCACAGGAAGUCGCUAACAUCAAUGUGGAAGCCCAGAGAAGACCACAAGCCUCCCCGGCUGAUUUACAUGGCAUGUGGUAUCCAGGUGUUAGAAGGACUCUCGCCGCUUUAUCUAGGCUUUAUAGAUGCCUGGAGAAGAAAGUGUUCCAAGGCCUAGCACAAGAAGCGAUAUCGCUCUGCGUGCAAAGUAUAGACAGCGCUGCUAAACAAAUAUCAGCAACUAAAACCAACAUUGAUGGGGAACUAUUUCUAAUCAAACAUUUACUCAUUCUAAGAGAGCAGAUCGCUCCGUUUCAAGUUGACUUUGUUAUCAAAGAAACUACUUUAGACUUCAGCAAUGUUAAGAAUGCAGCAUAUGGCCUUAUUCAAAGGCACAGGCAGAUAUUUUCAUUAAACUCCAAUAAUGCGUUGCUGGAGUUUCUUUUGGAAGGAACACCUAUGGUGAAAGAACAUUUGCUGGAUUCGAGAAAGGAGGUCGAUCGACAGUUGAAAAGUUGUUGCGAGACAUUUAUAAAAGACGCUUCUGAGUUGCUGGCUGGACCUAUUAUAUCUUUUAUUGAGAAGGCUCAAGCUAUGACGUCCGUCGAAGGUCAGUAUAAGACCCAACCUCCGCCUCCUGAAGAAAUGGCCAUCGUAGUAAAAGAAGCCCAGAAAGCAAUCAAGGCGCACCUCGCGCCGCUGCAGCGGUCCAUGCAGCUUUACUUGGCCAAUAAGGAGACUGAAUUUAUUCUCUUUCGACCUAUCAGGAAUAACGUCGUCGGCUAUUUUGUGGAAUUGGAACAGUAUAUUGCGAAUGCUUACAAUUCCCAUGAAGAUGCGCUCAUAAUAGCGUGUCCCACACCAGAGCAGGUAUCAGUAUUUAUUUCUUCAGCUAGUCUUAUUAGCCAUAGUGAGCCAGUGUUGCCGUAUGGCAAGAAGAGGAAAAUCAGCACAAUUCGCAAACCUAGUGUGACCAGCGUGCCAGAGAAAAAAGACGAAAAACCCUCUACUGACCCCCUGGAGUCACCAGACACCACCAUUAUGUAGAUAAUUUAUUAAUUAGAUAAUAAACAAUAAUACAAAAUGGAUUAAAAAACAGAACUGUUUAUUUACAGAUUGUAUUUAUUUAUCUUAUUCUUCUAACAAUAAAUACAUUCCACCAAAGACAUUUUGUUUUAUUUCAAUAAAACAACAGACAUUUGAGUGACAAUUUAAUGGGUUCGUUCUUAAUUGAUUUAAAUUUCG